UAAUAUUGUUGACUCUCUGUCUCUAAAUAAUAACUUUUUUUUGCGAUUUUUAGUCUUGCCUUCACAGUCCCAAACAAGGAAGUACUAUUUAAAGGAAGGGGGAGCACACGCCUUUUCCACGGUUCUCACUUUCCUGUCGUGUUGGGAGUGAGAUUCUCUCUCUCUGUCUCUCUCCCUCUCUGUCUCAGUACCCCAAUUUUAUACUUGCUAUCUAUCUCUCUCUGUUACUUUACACUUGCAAAUAUUCAGGCUCUCUCUCUCUCUCUCUCUCUAUGUUACUCACUUUUGCACUUGCAAUUUUUCAGGUUGGCUUGUGGGCUCUCGUUUGAGCUCCCAAAUGUUGGUUUCAGUUGAUCUUUUCUGAUACCCAAAUGGCAAAAACUUGAAAACCAUCAUUCGAUAUUGUUGUUGAGUAUCCAAUUUGGUACCUUCCAUUAAUUUUGCUGGUGGGUUUUGCUCAUGGAGAAAUCGUUGGUUUUUUAUUCUGGUUUUUGGUGUUGUUUGGUUUUGGCCAUGGCCGCUCUGGUUAAGGGGAGGUUUGUGGUGGAGAAGAACAGUCUCACUGUUACUUCCCCUGAUAGCAUCAGAGGGAUGCAUGAUAGUGCUAUUGGGAAUUUUGGAGUUCCACAAUAUGGAGGAAGCAUGGCUGGUGCUGUUGUUUAUCCAAAGGACAAUAAGAAAGGAUGUAAGGGUUUUGAUGAAUUUGGCUUAUCUUUUAAGAGCAAGCUUGGGGCUCUUCCUACUUUUGUCAUGCUCGAUCGCGGAGGUUGUUUUUUCACAUUAAAAGUUUGGAAUGCACAGAAUGCUGGAGCAGCAGCAGUGCUUGUUGCAGAUGACACUGAUGAACCCUUAAUAACAAUGGACUCGCCCGAAGAGGAUGACAAAGCUGCUCGAUAUAUUCAAAACAUAACAAUUCCAUCUGCCUUAAUUGAUAAAAACUUUGGUGACAAAUUAAAGAAAGCUCUAAGCAAUGGUGAAAUGGUUAACGUUAAUCUUGACUGGAGAGAAGCUGUUCCUCACCCAGAUGACCGUGUUGAGUAUGAAUUUUGGACCAAUAGCAAUGAUGAAUGUGGACCCAAGUGUGACAUGAUAAUGGGUUUUACUAAGGAUUUCAAGGGAGCUGCACAGAUACUGGAACGUGGUGGUUAUAGUCAGUUCACCCCACAUUAUAUAACUUGGUAUUGUCCUCAAGCAUUCACAGUUAGUAAGCAGUGUAAGUCUCAGUGUAUCAACCACGGACGGUACUGUGCACCUGACCCGGAACAAGAUUUUAGCCAGGGAUAUGAUGGCAGAGAUGUUGUUAUUGAGAAUUUGAGACAAUUAUGUGUGUUUAAAGUUGCUCAAGAGAGCAAGAGACCUUGGGUCUGGUGGGAUUAUGUAACUGAUUUUCAGAUAAGGUGCCCAAUGAAGGAGAAGAAAUACAAUAAGGAGUGUGCCGACAAAGUGAUCAAGUCUCUCGGCUUGGAUCAUAAGAAGAUUGAGAAGUGUAUGGGGGAUCCAAAUGCCAACGCAGAAAAUCCCAUUUUAAAAGCAGAGCAAGAUGCACAGGUGGGAACAGGCUCCCGUGGUGAUGUUACUAUACUGCCAACUCUUAUUGUUAAUAAUAGGCAAUAUAGAGGAAAGUUAGAUAAAGGUGCAGUUUUGAAGGCUAUUUGUGCUGGUUUUGAGGAAACAACUGAACCGGCUGUAUGUUUGAGCAAUGAUGUUGAGACAAAUGAAUGUUUGGACAAUAAUGGUGGUUGCUGGCAGGAUAAGUCACUAAAUGCUACUGCCUGCAAGGAUACAUUUCGUGGAAGAGUAUGUGAAUGUCCCAUGGUUCAAGGGGUUCAAUUUAAGGGAGAUGGUUACAGCACUUGUGAAGAUAAUUCUUAUGGCUUUAGGAAGGAUCACGGGAAAUUAACCUUUCUACCAGAAAUGAUUCAUUUAGGUCCAAUCGGUGGAUUAAUCCUCUUGAACUUGAAUUCCAACUAUCAUGCAGUAGAUCGUGCCCAUCUUCUUUCAAAAUUGUAUUUGAGAAAGGCCGAUCGCCAACUCCCUUUUCCCAUGCAGUCUUUUUUCAAUCUUCCUAUUCUUGACAAAGAAGGAAAGGAUUGGUCUAUGGAUCAAGGGAUACCACCAAUGGGCAGCCUUCUGACGUUAGUUUUGCUAAUAUGUAUAUAUGUUGAAUGUAUAAGAGUGUUUAUAUCGGUUUGCCGUUGUGAACUUGUGAUAGUUACAGUUUAAUUCAGAUGUGUGGUAUCGAACUUUAUUAGCGCGGUGAUAUAAGUAUUGUGCUUUCAUGGGUGGAUAUUUGUUGUAUUUUGUGCCUUGUGGAUUUAUUGUUGGCACGCUUUUUUUAUAUUUUUCUAUUAAUGAAUGGUGAUGGGGAACAUGCAUGUACGAGGAAUUUUUAAAAAUCUCGUGGUGCAUGCUUCCCAUCUCUGCUCAAUCACCCUCUCUCUCUGAAACACGCUUAUUACGCAUUCCUCUCUACCACCUUGUCCCUAUAUUUCUCCUCGAUAUACCACUUACCUCUCUCUAUUCUCUUAAUUUGUUGCUCCUCCUAUUCAUGUUUGAUGUUCGAUCAUUAGGGGUUACUUACUCAAGCUCUCUCUUUUUUUAGGAAGCUUACAAUGCAGUAUGUUAAGUUUGAUGCACAAUAUGUCAAUCUGGUCAGAUGUACUUAAAACCAUUUGUUCCACAGUUAAAGAGAGAGAGGGAGCUUUUUGUGUUUUGGUGUUUUUCUAGGUUAUUUAUAGAUAUGGUCCUCUUUCCUCUGCCUUGUAUUGGUAAUUGGUUCAUUGUCCAGCAGAGAAAUUCCUUAUCCGUCUUCCUUUGGAUGAUAGUUUUUUUUUUGUUUUAGCUUUCUUUUAGGAUUAUAGUCCAGUAGUGAUUUUUAUGUUAACCUAUGAUAUUAUCAUGUGGGUCUCAUGUUGGGCUGUAUUAUAUUUAAGAUCCUUAAUUUUGAGUGGUUUGAGUCUUGAGAAUGCCGAAGUAUCGAACUGGAAGAAUGAGAGCUCCGCGGUUGCAGGCUCCAACCAAUCCUUGGUAAACUUUUAUGAUUGGUCCAUCCUGGUUGUGGCGCUUUCUAAAUUCGAACCACUUCAAACCAACCAAACGAGAGAGCGAGAGAGAGACUCGAGCCGCUCCACUGUUAAGGUGGAUCAGUAGUUGAAUUUUGUACUGCCAUUAGGGCUGCCGCCGGUCCUGUCGAGGCUCA